UGCACUCACAAACACACAGCUUCUGCCGGAACCCACACUGAGGUGAAAAGACAGAUGACGAUGACCGACCUGGAGACCUCGAUGGCGACCAUCAUCGCCGUGUUUCAGAAGUAUUCAGAGAGAGAAGGGGACAAACACAAACUGAAAAAGAGCGAGCUGAAGGAUCUGCUUCACGACGAGCUGCCAGAUCUGAUGACGCAUGUGAAAGACCAGGCUGCACUCGACAGCCUGAUGGAGAGCCUGGACGCCGACGGAGACGCCGAAUGCGACUUCCAGGAGUUCAUGACAUUCAUCUCCAUGGUUACCGUCUGUUGCCACGAGUUCUUUGAGCACGAGGACGAGUGAGGGAGGGGAGACAAAAGAGGGGAGCUACAGUAAAUUAUAAAGAAGAAGAAGAAGCCUAGCAACGCACAACCUGUAGGUGCCCUCAGUUUGGCUGGUGGCUGGCAAACAGGCCAGUGUAGUAACAAAAAUCUUUUCUAUUUGAGUCUAAACUUCUAGAUGGCAUCUAAAGUUCACAAUGGCUUGAGGAUCUUGGCUUGGCUCCUGAGAUUGUGAUUAAACUAGCCACAGGUUUCUGAAAGUAGUUCCUCUAACAACAGUUUGCAUGUCAGAUUGUAGCUGGCUGCAGAUAUUGGCCGUGUUUCUGCACUUUUUAAAAGCCACUUUAGCAUCAUUUUCCAUUGAACUGCUUGAGAAGAGUUCUCUAGAUUUCAGGCAGUGUUGUGCAGGAACAUGCUUAUGCUUUUGGUGAACCGAAUCAGUUGGAAACAAAUAGGCCUGUAUAUAAAUAUGAGCGUUGCAUGAUGUUUCACAGCACCCGAGGACUGAUGGCCCCCUGCACGCCGACUGUAACCCCACAUCCUAACACUCUACAAAAUUGAAGCCAAACUUCUCAGAUAUGGGAGCUGCCAUUUUGUGCAUUUAGAGCCAGAGUCUGUGCAGUUACCCAUCUGACCAAUCACAGCAGUCGAUAAUGAUGUCAGGCUAGUUUUAUAGCAUAAAAUAACUCAUUAAAACCGUCAGAAACUUACACUUAAACAUAAAUUAGCAUGAUGACAAAAUUACAGAAACUAUGACUUUGGAAAAAUAAAACUUUACUUAUCUUUAUGACCUUAAGUGAAGCCAGCCACCAGUCGUCCAUCUUUAAACACAGUCUAGAAUAGUGUUUCCUUCCUGAUGAUCAGUGUGUUUCUUUAAAGGGUGACCCUGUUAACUGCUGGCUCAGCUGUAUGCGAUAUUGUUGCUUUUAAUAACAGCUGUUGUUCUCAUAAGUGCCUUACAUUUUACUUUAAUCUAUUUUAAAUGUUUACUUAGUACUUACUUCUGACUUAUCUUUGUUAUCUAUGCCAUACAUUUUCCACCAGUAACCAUGGACACAUUUGGCUGAAAUCACCAGUUAACAAUGUCACUCUUUAAACUGAAACAACAACCUGUACUGCUGGAAGGAGUUUUAGGAACAAAUCAGUACGGAAAAAUCUCAUGUUAUGCAAAUUGUGUUUGCCAGAUCUAAGAAAAAAAUAAGUAAAAACGUCAACUACUGUAGAAAUGAACGUGACCUGGAUUUUGUAAAGUGUGAACUUGCACAACACAGAUUUUUGGUACCAACUUUGGCUAUUUAGUUCUGCAAAACACCAGGCAAUGAUUUAAAUUUCUAAUGAUGUAAAGGCCCAGUGAAGUUGUAGAAAUGACGCUUGUCAACACUUCUUGUAAAAAUUGAGCGACACCUGCGUUUGUGGACUAUCAAAUAUUGAAAGUUUCUUGUAAGUUGGUCGUCGGCUAGUAAAAGUUUUCAAAAUGGCUUGUAAGUUUUAGCUGAUCUAGAAGCCACUUUGGAAACCAUGAUUAAAGAGUUGACCAACUGUUCAGACAAAAUAAAAACAAUAUAUUGUUGACUAUCAAACACUGAAAGUGACUUGUAUCUUAGUCUUCUAGUUCUAGUUCAAUCAGAUCUUAAAAUGUUAAAAAUUUCUUUUGAGGGUUUGACUUUAUUUUAGGCUAGCUAACAUAAUUUGGAGUUAUAUUGUAAAAUGAUUUCUGUCGUUGCUAGUAGGUUUGUCUAUUCUACAGGUUUUCUCCAGCUCUCAUUCUUUCCUUUAGAACCUCUUUUUUUUCAAAAUAUUUUACUUUUUUAGGUAGUUGGUGAAAAAUUAAUAUACACUUUGAGUGAUUAUCCAUUCCACAUGUCUCACUGGCUGUUAAAAUAAUAACAAUAUUAUCUGUAGACAACAAUUGGAUUCAACCUGCUAGAAUAAAGACUCUACACUCUUCUCGACAUAUAGCAGGUUUGAAAAUGUUUAUGAAAGCAGUUGGAACAGAGUUUGUCUGAUGAUAUGUAUUUUGAAAUGUUGAGCGCUGGCUUGUUUGGAUGUCGAUGAUAUGAAAUGAAUUAAAUUAUCAAUGUGUGA